AUGACAGUCUCUAUCCCAACGGCACGCAAAGUCCGCGUCGGCAUACUCGGCUGCGGCGAGAUUGCGCAAGUGGUGCACAUUCCCACCUUAAAUUUCCUCUCCGACCUCUUCCAAAUCACCUAUCUCUGUGAUAUCUCCCGGACCUCACUCACCCACUGCAAGGCCAAAGUUGUUGGCCUCGAAGCCCCUGAGACCACAACCGAUCCCGAGGAACUGUGCGCAUCUCCGAGAGUCGAUGUCGUCUUCGUCAUUAACAGUGAUGAAUACCACGCCCUCCAUGGAAUCCUCGCCUUGAGCCACAAUAAACACGUCUUCAUUGAGAAGCCGAUGGCGCUCAAUGAUCGUGAUGCCAACGCAAUCAUUGAGGCCGAAAAGUUGUCAGAGGGUCGCGUUAUGGUCGGAUACAUGAGACGAUACGCUCCGGCGUUUGAGGACGCAAUUCGCGAGAUCGGCGGAAUGGACAAGAUCCUCUACGCCCGUGUAAGAGGUAAGUUGGAACACCCCCUACAGUGGUGGACGUUGGAAGUAAAUAAGCUUAUCACAUUUGCAAUAAUAGACAUUAUCGGACCCAAUGCCACAUUUGUGGAGCAGUCCGGAACAUUCCCCAAACGGGCCACUGAUUUCAUCCCGGCGGACACAGAUGAUCGAAACGAACGCGCAGCGGAGAUUGUCUGCCAGGGAAUGCAGAAGGAGGCUGGAGUGAGCAGCUCCGAUGUUCUUCCUCGCAUCUGGAGGGCUUUGGGAGGCCUCGGAUCCCACGAUCUGAGUUUGAUGCGAGAAGCCCUGGGCAUGCCGGUGGGUGUGGUCGGUGCCUAUCUGAAACCGCCGUUUUGGAGUGCUAUAUUCGAAUAUCCAACCUUCUCCGUGACCUAUGAGUCUGGUCUAUACUCUGUACCGCGCUUUGACGCACACUUUGAAGUCUAUAGCGCGACCAAGACGGUUCGCGUCCAGUACGACUCGCCUUAUAUCAAAGGAUUGCCUAUCACCAUGCAUGUGCAGGAGAAAGUCGACGGUUUGUAUAAAGAGAGCGUGAUCCGUCGGACAUAUGAGGAUCCAUACACAAUAGAGAUGAAGGAAUUGCAUGCGAUGGUGGUGGGUGGCAAAGCAAUUAAAACAACGGCUGAGGACGCCAAGAGGGACCUCGAAAUCUUUAGAAUGCUAGUGCGAUCAGCGGCUACAAAUAGAAAUGAGUAG